AUGGAAAAAUAUUUUCCCUCUAGCACAACUGAUGCCACAAGAAGUAACCUUAAUUCGACGUCAAAACUGAGUAGCACUCAAAAACAACUAAGUCCAAAUAAAGGCAUCCAGAUGCAUGCAUUGGCUCAAGCCCGGAAAAAGCUUGAUAACCAAGUUUUAUUGCUUCAAAAUCGAAUUAAACACUUAGAAACAGAGCGCUGUAAGGACCCCCCCUCAUUUGUCGAAUUUUCUAGUCUUUUUUUAUAAGAAUUUUUUUUUUCAGGACCUCAUUUGUCCCAAAAUCUAGUCAAAAACGAUUUGUCCAAUUUUCUAGUCUUUUUUGCAUUUUUUCGAAUGCCCUAAAUUCUAGUUUUUUACUUUAAAAAAACUAGAAAAUGAGACAAUUGAGGUCCUGAAAAUUUUUUUUCUCUAUCAAAAAUUUUGACUAGAAAAUUGGACAAAUGAGGUCCUAAAAACAUUUUUUUUUUCCUAUAAAAAAAACUAGAAAAAUGGACAAAUGAUAAAAGACUAGAAAAUUGGACAAAUGAGGGGGGGGGGGGUCCUUAGAUCAGAGCGAACAAUUGACCUCGCCAAAACUAUAACUUACUUACUUUAUUAAUUAGGCGGCUAGUCGAGGUCCGCUUGUUAACUCGGUUACCAAGGAUCCACCAGGGGAUUAUCCGCUUUUUGGGACGCGUACUUCUUUCAGGUUUCCUCUCUCCUCCUUGCCACUUUGCGGUGGCUCCAGUCUUGAGUGGGCGGACUAUGGGUUCCUGGGCCUUGCUUCCUGGUGCAGUGCAGUGACGACCUUGCCUGAUAUAAUUAAAAUAUGUGCUCGGAAGCUGCGUGGCCGGAGGCCAUGCCAGGUGGAGACCCAUAUUUUAAUUAUGCCAAAGCUAUGACACAAAGGCGCCAAGAAGUUAGAAAAAAAUACAAUGCCGAUAAAGAGCUUCAAAUUCAAAAGAAAAUCAAUUGUGCCAAAGAUUUAGAUGCUAAAAAACGACUUAUAUCCCAAGAAAGAGAAAAAAGAAAAGAGAGCUUGAACCAGACCAAACAAAAAUUGCUAAUAGAUAAGAAAAGAGCGAGCUCUGCAGUUAAACAAGCAAAGCUAAUUAACGAAUCGACAAGAAAAGAGCAAGAAGAGCUUAAUAGAAGCUUGGCAAAAAAUCAGGCAGAGAAAAUAGUUGUUGCCUCUAAAAAGAAAAGAGAAAUUCAGGAAGAAAAAUCAAAAAAACUUAAGCUUGAGGCAGAAUUACGGUAUAUAGAAAGAAUUGAAGAGGAAACUAAGUAUCAAGAAACUGCGAAACAGAGAAUAAAAGAAUUGGAAGCGAGAGAAGAAGAGCUUGCAGGGAGCUUAAAGAAAACUUUAUUAAGGAAAGAAAGCGUUUUAAGCCGUCUAGGCAGUUCACAAUCUUUGAACUCGACCUUUUAUUCCCAGCAUUGGCUGCCUCAUUCACCAUCAAAGUGUUUAUGCGUGCACACGCCAAACUCUGGAGAUCAAAUUUUCGAUGAUAUUUCAAUAAACUAUAUUGAAUAUGUGCCUUUUGAUGUUGUUGAUAUUACAAAUGAUUAA